AUGUCGAAGCUUCAAAUGGAUCGUAAUUCUAUUGAGUUAACUAAUAUACCCUUAAAUGACUACUAACCAGAGAAGUCAUUGCUUUAUUAGGAACUAUUACUAGAAGAUAUUCCUGAAAAUGAAUCCAAAGACUACUCUUACAGAGGUGGGUAGUCAUUAGGAGGAGUAGCUCGAGAAAACAUGACAAGUCGCAAGCUAUUUUAUGAAAAUAGGAAGUAAAACCAGUUACUCAUUUCAAUUAAUUGCUCAAAAGCUGUUGAUAACUAGAACUACAAAGAGCAAGCUAACUUAAUUAGACACUAGUAGUAGUAGCUUGUAGGGUCUCUAAGAAGUUAAUCUAUUGUCGAAUCAAAUAAAUAGGUUUUGCUGAAUCAGGCAAGGGGUUCGAUUAAUAUUCAUCAUAGAUAAAAAAGUUACAACACUUCAUUUUACGGAACUAAUCCUCACACUACUCAUCACAAUAAUUUUGUCUAGAUUGAUGAACUGCUCCAUUAAAAUAAUCAAUCAAGAGCCACAAGGAUCUCAGGAGAUAUUUUAACUUAAUUUAGAAUUAGCAAUUAGAAGAUCUAGGAGAUGAGAAUUAGUUAAGAUUUCAAAUAAUCAAAGAGAGAUCGAGGAUCCUAGUUAAACAAGAGUGUGAACUUGAAUUCCACAAAGAUCAAUGUUUUACCAAAUCUUCUCAAAGAGUCCCCAGAGAAGCAAAGUAAUCAUAGAAAAUCAUAAUAAAGAGUAGAGAAGGACAGUAUACUAGAAAACACAGAUUCUUUGGUAGAUUCAUCAAAGAUGUUUAUUAAAAAUAAGCAUAGCGAGUAAAAGGUUAUGUACAAUCGAGCUAUGAAUAAACUCAGGAAUUUCUUGCGCUACAAGGGAUAUCCUAAUACUACACUCGAAUAGAGUAACUAUGGAUUGUAUCAUUUUCAUAUUGAUACUUAGGAUAAUGAAAUUAAGUUAAAUAAAUUUGAAACAAAUCCGUCACAAAACAACUCUUUUAUGAUGAAUAACAAUAGUAGUGGUUAUGAAAGUAAAGAUUUGAAUAGCAAAUUCAAAUUAAAUGAGGAUUCUCUGAAAAUAGACUUAGAUCAAGUAAAUGAGGUGAAGAAAAUGAAAAGAUAGGAGACUGAAGAUUACAUUUCAAAUGAUCUCAUAAAAAACUCUCCAGCUUUCAGGUAGAUUCAAAGAAAAAGAACCAUAAAGAAUGAUCAAUUCUCUAUGAACAUAAAGCCAACGUCAAUGGCUUUAGACAAUGACUUUAGUUCAAGAGAAGUCUAAGCUAAAAGAGAAGCUAAUCAGUAAAAGACCAUAUUAUACAUUAAAGAGGUUGAUGAUAAUGAAAGGGAUUUUUUAAAUAUGGAAUUAAAGGAGUUUAUACAUUUAAGCAUUGAUGAGCUAUAAUAAGCAUACAAUAGAUUAAUAAAGGCUGUUAAUCCAGUCUUUUCAGGUAGUGUUGACACACUUGUGAACAGGCUUGAUUCUAAAAAAAUAAUGAGUUUUAAUGAUACUACUCCUGGUUCUUUAAGGGUGAAAGCAGCAAUGCAAUAGCAAUAGCAGUAGGAGCAUCACAGUUAUAACGAGAUUGAGUCAAAUCUAUUAAAUUAAUUAAAAACCUGCAGGGAACAGCUAGAUAAGAAAAAAUUGGUAUAUGGAAUGUGGUCUAUUCUGGGAUAAUAAGGAUCCAUUCCUGACUCUAGAGAAGGAGCUACUGCUAUUAUGGUGGAUAAUAAUCUCUACAUUUUCGGAGGAUUUUCAAGAGAUUUAUUCAAUGAUAUGAGAGUAUUUGAUCUUCAUACUCAAAGGUGGAGAUUAGUAAGACCAAGCUAGGCUCCUCACCAAAGAUUUGCUCAUUCCAUGACUUAAUAUGGCAAUAAACUAUUCAUCUUUGGGGGUGCUGGUCCUUAUAUUGCCUCUAUAAAAAUGAGGCUUAGUUUCAAUGACGUUUAAGUCUUUGAUAUGGAUAAAGAAAUUUGGCUUAAAGAACCAGAUAUUGAGGGGGCUCCUAAGAAAAGGCAAAAUCACAUUUGUGGAUCGAUUGGGCCAGUAAUGAUUGUUCAAGGAGGUUUUAACACUGAAUCUAAGAAAGUGUUAAGUGACUUUGGUUUGUUUGAUAUGGAAAAUUUAAAGUGGCUCGCAGGAAGAGUCUAUUUCGAAGGAGAAAGAAUAGACGAUAAAACUUAGGCCUAUGAUGAAUUUUCCGAAAAUAUCCUAGGAUUCAGAUAAAUGCAUUCUGCUACUACUGUCGUAGAUACAGAUUUUUAUAGGGAAAACCCACAGAUGAAGCAUUCAAAGUUUAUCUGGAUGCAUAAGAGGCCAUCUAUUGAAGAAGAUGAGAAUCAUGGCAACAAGUAUAAAAAUUUUGAUGAGGGUAUUUAUAUCUUCGGAGGAUAGAACUAACAAAAUCAUGCAUUAAAUGAUCUAUGGCUAAUAGAGCCAUUCUAUGACGAGAAUCAAAAAAAUCUAAAUCCAAAUACCUUUGAAUAUGUAACGAAGCCAACACUAGCUAUAAAUAUCAGAAAGAUCGAUGAUAUUAAAGGUAAACCUCCUUGUCCAAGGAUCUAGCACUAGGCUACAUUAUUCAAAGAUUGGAAUAAUCAUAACCUAUUAGUAAUCUAUGGAGGGAGGAAUGACGGAUUAUUUGCUAAAACUCAAAAUGUUGCGAUGAAUGAUAUCUGCAUAUUUAAUGUGAAUAAAAAGGAAUGGCAAGUGCUAGCAAUGUAUGGAUAGAUGCCUUGCUCAAGGUGGUCUCACAUAUUGACCAUGAAUGGAUCAGCAAGAAGCGAUGGGUUCUUAGUCUUUGGUGGAGUUAAUCUCAAAAGUUAUUGUAAAUCCAGAAUAUAUCAAUUCUAGAUCUGGAAUCAAUGGUAUAAACAUAAAAAGAAUCUUUAUAAUCAUCAGAAUACUUCACUUAAAGAACCAGACGAAAAAUAUGAAAUGCUAAAUAACAAUGUAAAGGAUAAAAUAGAUAUCAUUAAAGACCUCCUUAUCAAACCAAAGAAAUAGAAUUAGUGA